CAGAGAGCCAGAAAAUUUUGGCUAAGCCAUGCCCCACAAUCUUGUUCCCUUAUAGGAAUUAGGAACACCCCCCAACCCCUUCUUUUCUUUUUUGACCCUAAUUAUUGAAUUUUGGAAAUCAUGAUUUAUCCAUCAAUGCACAUCCAUUUCACCACCACCAUAGCCAUAACCAUAACCCCGUUUUUACCUCACACUUUCAAUUCCAAUUCCAUUUCCAAGGGGCCACAAAGUAGAAGAAGAAGAAGAAAGAAAGAAAGAAGAAAAUGAAGAGAAUUCCUCUAUGAUGAUGAUGAUGCAAUUUUAAGCACUGAUACUAGUUCUUUGUCUUCUGGGGUUUGCAAAGUUUGAAACUUUGAUUGGUUCUGAUGCUGAAUUUGCAACCAAGACGAGAUUUUUUUUAUUCAACAUUUCAUGAUCAUUUGGGAUUUGUUUCUGUCCGAUGUUCUUUGAAUCAUCACAUGUCUGAGUGUGAUAAUGCUGUAUAUGAAGUUGCUGUGAAAUCCAAUCAAUAACACAUGCUUUCAUUUCAUUUGAGUGGAAUUGAGUUACUUAGAGCUGUGCUACGAGGUUUUUGGAGUACAUUUGAAACUUGAAUUAACGAAUGCUGAUUUAUUAGUGCACUUGAAAGACGGUGAUGAUGUUGAAAGAUAUUGACACAGAGAAAGAAAUUCCUGUUUGAUAAUUCGAAAGAAUUGUAUAGAGAUAUGGGGUUGCCGCAAGUGACUUCAGGCUGCAUUGCUGAGGAGGUGGCAGCAUCGCUAGGCACAUUCGUGCAAACUGCGCCUAGGAUCGCCAGCAUAAGCAACUAUGAGUUGAACAUGUUGGCUGGCGAAGACAUGAAUAACCGAUUGCAGAUUGAUAUGCCUAAUCCGGACAGAAAAAGUGUUGUAGAGUUGUCGAAAGAAUCUCAUAUUUCGAGUAUGUGUAAAGAUGGGAAAUCGAACAUUCCUAAGUUGAAGAUUAACCCUAUUGUCAAUGCUGGUCAAAUGAUUCAGACACCGGCUUCUAGGACUGUAGGUUUCCAAAUAAUGACAUUAACUCCUCAUGUUAAUGAUUUUGGUGGAAAUGCAUAUUCAUCUGCGGUGUUUAAUGUUACCAAUGGCGCAGCUGAACCAUCCGAGUCGAAAGUCAGAAAGCAAUUAUUGUCCCCUUUGAAUGGCUUGCUUCUUGCAGAUCAUUGCAAAGGUGAAUCCCUGGACAUUGUUGAAGGUAUUUGUCAAGGUAGUUCGAAUAGUGAUCACGAUAGUUGUAGUGCUCUUAUGUUCCAAGAGCAUAAGAAGUUUCAUGUCGGAAACUACACCGAUAUUCAGUCCAUGAUAUGGUCUGCCUCUUGUUAUCAGGAAUUAAAGAAUUCAUCCUUUGUUGGUUCUAGUGUAAACCGAGUUUUAUCUAGUUAUGAGCAUUCACACUGUGAACAUCACGAGCCAUGGUCGAAUAAGCAUAUUAGAUCAUCUGCAGCACUUCAUGACUCUGAACAGAAAACUAAAACAAGGCCUCAAACAGCACCAUUGUUUAUAACACCAAGGAAGUUUUCGCCUCCUUUUCCUUUGUCCCCUCUUGGUAAAAAUUCUUCUGAAAAUGAAAAAUUCGGAGAAUUCAAAGAUGUUGACACUAUGUUAGAUGAUAACAAUGGGUCUAUUAAGGAUGUUGAAAAGUCUGGCUUGUUUAUACCUGAAAAUGUCAUCGAUAUGCAAGAGUGUUGGACUCGGCCUUCUACCAAUUUCAGUGGAACAGUGAAUCGGUUGCCACUUAGAAGGUCGCUGGUCGGUUCAUUCGAGGAAUCACUAUUAUCCGGUCGGCUACUAUCUGGGAAAGUUACUCAGAAAAUUGAAGGCUUUCUUGCUGUGUUGAAUGUAACUGGCGGAAAUUUCUCGCCUCGAUCACAAAAACUCCCAUUUGCAGUAACUAGUGUGGAUGGGGAUAAGUACUUACUUUAUUAUUCAUCAAUCAAUCUUUCAGGAAAUUUAUUAUCAUGCAAAUCCAGAGUUACCAAAUUCCAGAGAACCCUUAGCAUGGAUGAAUCACGAUCCGAAAAGAGCAGCCGUAUACGUAUACCUAUUAAAGGACGUAUUCAAAUCCUCCUCAGCAAUCCGGAGAAGACGCCUAUUCACACAUUCUUGUGCAAUUAUGAUUUGAGCGACAUGCCAGCUGGUACCAAGACGUUCUUGCGGCAAAAGAUUACUUUAACGUCGAUGUCUAUCACCGGGAACGAAAGCGAAACAGAUGCUUGCAAUGGAGUUAAGUUCAGUUCAAGCACAUGCCUUGGAAAUGAAGACAAAUUUCUACGUUGUUCUUCGAAGGCGAAUGAGAACUCAGUUAACACUGGCAUUUUGCUUUAUGCUCUCCACCUCCGCUUCUUAUGCCCCUUCCCGAAGAAACGUUCUAGGUCAAUUCAUAAGUGCAAAUCUGACUCGCUCUCUGCAGAAGUGCGAAACAUUGUUGAUAGCGAAUACACCGAAAGGCGUUUCUACUUGUACGACGAUAUGCGAGUAGUGUUUCCUCAGCGCCAUUCGGAUUCUGAUGAGGGCAAGUUGCAUGUGGAGUAUCAUUUCCCUUCUAAUCCCAAGUACUUUGACAUCAGUAGCUGAAGUGGCAGUUUAUCUCUCUAUGCUUAUUGUGUAUAUAGUUGUAAAUAUUGUACAUUUUCAAUUCAUUUCUUCUUUGAUUAUUGGGGCCAAUUGCCCUCAUUUAACUUUGGAAAAUGUAAAUUAUUUCUAGUUACUACCCAUACUUCAUUCUCUCAAUUUCAAAAUAAAUAUCGGUUUGACUAAUUUAGUCCGAUGCAGACGCAUUAUUCCUUGUAAAGUGUAACUAGGGACAUCUAUUUUUUUUUUUU